AACGCGACAGAGACGGUUUUUUUCCCGUUAAUACCACAACGGGUCUAACGUACGCUCCACAAUGGAGACUAAACCGGUCAUCACCUGCCUUAAAACCCUCCUCAUCGUCUACUCCUUCGUCUUCUGGAUAACAGGAGCCAUCCUGCUGGCAGUGGGAGUAUGGGGGAAGUUGAUGCUGGGCCCGUACAUCUCUCUGAUAGCCGACAACUCCACCAACGCCCCGUACGUCCUCAUCGGCACCGGGACCGUCAUCAUCGUCUUUGGCCUGUUUGGAUGCUUCGCCACCUGCAGAGGAAGCCCAUGGAUGCUGAAGCUGUAUGCCAUGUUUCUGUCGCUGGUCUUCCUCGCUGAGCUAGUCGCCGGGAUCUCUGGAUUUGUGUUUCGCCACGAGAUAAAGGGAACCUUUCGCAGGACAUACACUGACGCAGUCCUGAACUACAAUGCUGAGGACGAGGAGAGCCGCGCUGUUGACAACUUGCAGCACAAGCUGCGCUGCUGUGGAGUGUAUAACUACACCAGUUGGUUUGGCAGUGUGUAUUACCCAUCCAACGGCAUCCCUGCCAGCUGCUGCUUCAACUCCUCCGACUGCAACCCAGAAGACCUCCGCAAUGUAACUCUAGCCCCGAGCAAGGUCUACCACCAGGGCUGCUACGAGCUCGUCACUUCAUUCAUGGAGACCAACAUGGCCAUCAUCGCAGGAGUGACGUUUGGGAUCGCCUUCUCACAGCUGAUUGGCAUGUUGCUGGCCUGCUGUCUGUCCAGGAUCAUCACAGCCAAUCAGUAUGAGAUGGUUUAGCUGACGUGACGUGGCAGGGAGAUGAAGAGAAGAAGAAACAAAGAGCCUUGACACAUGACAAGUAAAUUCCCGAAAACACUAUCACACACCUGAAUUGGAAUUUACCUCCCUCCGUCUCUCUGCCUGUGAUCUCUAUGUAAUAUCUUAAUGUAUCUUACUGUAAAGCACCAUUCCACGACUCACCGCUGUUGCAUCAAAGCGUUCUGUACCACACAUCCCACCGCUGCUUGACGUAGAAGUUGCUCAUUGGCACAUAUCUCGGAUCAGUACGGCCUGCGACGAGCAGGUAGACCAGAGCUGUCAGCGGUGUUGGUCUCAGAUAGGCGAUUGAGUGAAACUCGGCUUCUCAGUUGGCUGCAGCAUGAUCCACCGACCGUCAUCAGAAGACCACUGCACAUCUUUGUACAGAAUGACAUUACUAAAGCUUGAAAGUAAUACUUUAAUAGAUAGGUUUAGUUUUGCAUUUGACUUUGCUAUUGCUCACCAUUGUAUAUUCCUAUGGUUGUGACAUUUUGUGAACUGAUCAUGUGCACUGAGGAGAUUUUAAGUUUAUAGGAAAAUGAGGAAAAUGACAAAGGAGAGAAAAGGGAGACGUUUUUGCGUAUUUUUUGCUGUAGAUGAGGCACAGUAUAUACUGUAUAUUUUUUGAUCUGAUCAAAUAUAUGUUAAAAUUGUAAUUUAGUAGUUAAAGCUUUACUGUCCAACUCCCCCCUAACUUAAAGUAACUAGUAGCAACUUUGCCUGAAUUGAUAGCACCUACCUAAAAUGAUACUUAAUGUAACUCAAUCAGUUUUUUUGGGGGGGGGGGUUAAUCUAUUAAUUAAGCAAAACAUUUGAGGCCACUUGUGGAAAAAAAUCUGUUAUAAUGUUGACUGAAGGCCGGGUCACACCAGAAAGUGAUGUUACAGUAUCUCUGACACUAACUGGACGAUAAGUUCUCCCAGUUUAUUCAAAAGACAGAGUUUUACGAUCGACUUGUCUCAUAACUGUCUGCAAGUCUGUUUUGUGGAGCAGUUAAUGCUCAAAAAAAAAUGCAGGAAGCAACACAGCUUAAAUGCUACAACAGCUUCUUCUUGGUUGGCACUCUCUUGUUCCCUUAAAGGUCAGUAGUAGACAUACCUCGCUCAAGAUGACUUUUUAUCCAUCACCAGCGCAAAUU